AUGCCCAACAUUCUCAGCAAUAUCCCGGGGCUCUCGGCUCUGCCCAGUAUCCCAAAUCCGAUCAACCUGUUCACCGAUGACGCAAGGCCGUUGAGCUCAAUCCUCCGGCCAAACAACACACCCAACGGCACACCGAAAGCAGGUGCGGAAGAGGACCCCGACACUCCAGGCCGCGAUCCCAAUCGCCUUGCGCCUCCGGACCCCUCGACGCCGACGCCCGGUUCGCCGACGCAGAAACGUUUGCAGAUCGCCGACCCGAGAGGUUCGGCCGUCACUAUCGCCACUGACGCUGGCGGAGAGUCUGACACUGGCGGACCUCGGACAUUGCAGCGCUCUGACACCGGAAGGAGACGUGGGCUCAGCGUGUCAUCCAAAACUUCCGGUAUGACGGGCGUAUCGGGGGUGGCGGGGGCCGACCGUCGGCGACGACGUGUGGAGACCUUCGUGCUCGUCAAGCCUCCUCCUACGUCAGGCAAGAACCCGCUGAACCUACAAGUGCAGCUCGUCGUUCCAGCUCGCAACCCUCCGGGACGCCCUAGGAAAGGCUCCAAUGCAGACUCCACUCGCAUCCCUUCCGGCUCAAGUGUCUCGACGUCCGCGACUGCUGCGGCCGUUGCCGCCACGGGAGAAACAUCAUCAGCGGCGUCCACGCCUGCUCGGGGUUCGCUGGAGGAGAGCUCCCCGUCAGCCUCUCCCGAGUCUGACGCCGAGACCCCCCUCGCUCAAAAGUCGGCGAGCGGUGGUGGCCUGAAGCGGUCAGGAUCAAUGAGCUCGACCAAGAGUACGGGGUCAAGCUCGACGGGCAGCGGUCCCAGUAGCAGCGGCAAGCGAAUCAUUCCGCUGUACAAUCUGGCAGUGCACAACGUCAUGCAGCCGACACUCGUCACGGACGCUGGAACCGACAGCAAGGUCGCCAAGUACAUGAAGAAGUACCUGGACAUCACCGGUGUCGGAAUACUGGAGCCGACGGAGGUCUGGUUCUCGCCGCUCGGCACCGGUCCUCCCGGCUCAUCACCACGUCCCUCGUUCAACCUGCAGCACCGCCCGAACCGCCCUGCCUCCAUGAUGUCCAACAUGUCCAACUUGACGCCGGCCAGCAGCCGCGUGGACGUCGACUCGCAGCGUGCGAGCACCGAGACGAAGAGCAGCGCGCGCGAGGCGCCCGCACGCGAGGACGGCGCGAAGAAGUUCUUCGGCAAGAUUUUCCGAAAGCGCAACUCUGCUGAGCCUCUGAUCGCCGAUCGCUUGACGAAAAUCACGUCUGCGUCUGCGACUUUCCUCGCGGUCGAUGCGCCUGCAGUCAAGUCGCCCACGAUGCCCGGAUCUCCAUCACUCACAGCCGUUACGACCGAGGCGGUGCCCGUCGGGCAAUCGAGCAGUGCGACCUUCUCGCUCGCUCCCUCGGUUCUGAGUCGCACGACGUCGGAGAUCUCGCUCGACGAGUCUGGCGCCAUCGUCGGUCUGACCAAGGACGAGAUUCUUCCCGGCCAGGACACGAUUGCCCUCUCGCGCUCCCGCCGCCCGAUCGGAUACUCGUGGACGGUGCGCAAGUGGGCCAAGAAGAACACGGAAGGAUGGGCUGCGCACCUCGUCGCUGCAGCUGCCGCCGGUCUCGAGCUGGUCGCGGGUGCCCUUCCCGCCGACGGCGAGGACGAGGUCGUCUUCGAAUGGGUCAAGAUGCGUGUCUCGCCCAUCGACGCUUCGGGCGCGGCGGCCCUCCGGCGCCAUCCGGCCGCCGACGCGCUCGACCCCUCCCGUCUCCGCCGCCCACGACGCACGACGACGCUCGGCCUCCCCUCACCCGCCGGCUCGCGACACGGCUCGCGCACCUCGCUCGUGGACGCGAAGGAGGGCUCUGUCUCGUCCCCGCUGAAACCAACGCUUAGUAGGCGUUCGUCAACGCUUCCGCCGCCGGACACAACCCCGCGCCGCCCGAGCGGCACGAACAGUGCCAGCGCCUCCGAUGCCGAGAGCGAGCUGGGCCCGCGGCUCACGCGCGACAGCCGUCCGAGCACGCCGCUCGUGCACGUCGAAGACGACGAUGACGAGUACGACUCGGACCCGGAGGACAGCGAGACGCCAUGGACGUGCAGUGUCUAUGUCAAGCACACGGGACAGCGGCAGCUGCUCGCCACGCUGACGCCGGCCCCGCACCACCCCAAGGUCAUUGGCGUGCUCAAGAUCCCGCAGGGCCUGCGCUCCGUCUCGCUCGCGAAUGUGGGCACGCCAAACAAUUAA